UUUAAUGUAGUUAUCUGAUAUAUUGUCAACUAAUGUAUUUGUUUUCAUGUUUGUAUUUGAAGCUAUACACUAGUAUGUGUGUCUGAAGAGUGUGAUUGGAAAUUUAGGGCAUCGAGCGUUGGUAAAUCAGAAAUGUUCAGGGUUAGGGAGUUUCGUGACAAGCAUACAUGUCCGCUAAAAGAUAAGGUGUAUUCACAACGCCAUGCGACAAGUUGGUUUAUAGGUGGAAUUGUAAAACCAAAAGUAGCCAACCAUAAGAGGAAAUACACACCUAAUGAUAUAGCGAAAGAUGUAAGAAAUGAUCUUGGACUGGAUGUGUCCUAUAUGGUCGCUUGGCGGGCUAAGGAAAAAGCAAUGAAGGAUUUAAUGGGUGAACCAUCGGAUUCUUACAAAAAAUUACCUGGGUACCUAUACAUCUUGGAUAAAACGUAUCCAUGUUCACAUAUAAGAAUGCGAAAAUCCGACGAAAACGAGUUUCUGUAUCUGUUUAUAGCAUUGUAUGCAUUCAUCAAAGGGUUUGAUUGUUGUAGGCCAAUUGUUGUAGUUGACGGGAGCCACCUCAAAACAGCAUACAACGGAACGUUCGUUUCAGCAAGCACGUUAGACGGUGCAGGUAAUAUACUUCCUUUAGCAUAUGGUGUGAUAGAUUCAGAAAAUGACAGGUCUUGGACGUGGUUCUUUGAGCGAUUCAGGGAAGCGUAUGGUGUGAGAGAGAACAUGUGUAUUGUUUCCGAUAGGCAUGAAAGCAUAAACAAAGCUGUUUCUAGAAUCUAUCCGAAUGUGCCGCAUUAUGCAUGCAUAUUGCAUCUUUGGGGUAACGUAUGUAAGAAGUAUAAGAAGAGCCAUGAUGUGUUGAGUCCCGUGUUUUAUGCAAUGGCAAAAGCGUACACGCAAGAAGAUUUUGAUGAGCUUAUGGGCAAAGUUGAGAAGGCAGAUUUUCGGGUGGCAGAGUAUUUGGAAUUGGCUUGA